AUGUCGUCGUCGGACGAGGAAGGAGGCGAGGAGUACCUGUUCAAGAUCGUGAUAAUCGGCGACUCUGCCGUCGGGAAGUCCAACCUCCUUUCCCGCUACGCGCGGAACGAGUUCAACCUCCACUCCAAGGCCACCAUAGGCGUGGAGUUCCAGACCCAGAGCAUGGAAAUCGACGGCAAGGAAAUCAAGGCCCAGAUUUGGGACACCGCCGGCCAGGAGAGGUUCCGCGCCGUCACCUCUGCUUACUACAGGGGCGCCGUCGGCGCGCUCGUCGUCUACGACAUCAGCCGCAAGACCACCUUCGAGAGCGUCGGCCGCUGGCUGGACGAGCUCAAAAUGCAUUCUGACACCACGGUAGCCAAAAUGCUGGUGGGCAACAAAUGUGACCUGGACAACAUUAGAGAUGUGAGCGUCGAGGAUGGCACGACCCUUGCAGAACAAGAGGACCUAUUCUUCAUGGAAACUUCUGCACUCGACUCGACCAACGUUAAAAAGGCCUUCGAGAUCGUGAUCCGAGAGAUCUACAACAAUGUGAGCAGAAAGGUCCUGAACUCAGAUGCAUACAAGGCCGAAUUGUCCUUGAACAGGGUCACCAUAUCCAACGAUGGUAGCAACGGAUCAAAGAAAUCCGGUGGCUACGCGUCCUGCUGCUCCAGGUGA